AUGGAAGCAAUCGUCGGGUGGUCGAAAAACAUCGUCGGUGACAUCUCCUUUCCAAACUCGGCGGAAAGAUCUGAUGUUAGCUCCGUUGCAGCGAUCGAGUCCAAACCAGCAGACAUGAGCGGUAUAUUUGAGUCAACUUAUGUACCCAUGGAUCGACUUACCACGGAUCACACAAUCAUGUUGCUAUCGCCAAGUAGUCUUUGCGCUCAUCAGAAUAUUACUCUAAUGGCAGCGAUGCUACCCGAAAAGUAUGUCAGAAUUGCAAUCUCAAGACAUCGAGAGCGAACACUCUGGAAUCAUGAUGUCGAAGAUGGCUAUUUUCCUGGUAAUUGGUCUCCCCAACGCCCGGCAUGGACAGAAACCUAA